GCUUUGAGUUCCCACUUGUUACAUUUGCUACUGUAUGUGUAAAGGCUGUGAGUCUCACUGUGCUGCUCCUGGAGACUGGGCCUCUGUCUGUGGACUGAGUGAUCACACUGAAAUUUUUAGUUUUCAUGAGCUACUUCUCGGGGGUACUUGCCUAUCAGGACCUCUGCUCUCAUGUAGUUGAGUGAUAGGAAGUAACACUUUUUUAGCACCAUGUUUGUUCUCCUUUUUAAGAUAUUUUAAAGAAGGGAUGAAACAAAUUUUCUGAAGAAAGCAGAAGACCUCUUCUCAACAUGUCUUCGGAAAUCACGUACGCAGAGGUGAGGUUCAAAAAUGAAUUCAAUGCCUCAGGCGCCGUCUCAAAGCCUCCUGCAGCACCCAAAGAGAAGACCAGCCCUUACCAACGUAACCCUGGUUUUCCCAAGCAGCUUCUGGCCUCAUUGCUGAUACUUCUGCUGCUAUUGGCAAUCUCAUUCUUUAUUGCUUUUAUGAUUUUUUUUCAAAGCUAUUCUCAGCUUCUUAAAGGAAAAAAGGAUCCAAAAGAAGUGUUUCAUGAAAAAUUGCUAUGUGAGAAAACAAAGUUGAAUAUGGAAGGAAAAGGAUGGGGCUGCUGCCCAGAGAACUGGAUUGUAUCCAAUACCAGCUGCUACUUUAUUUCUUUUAAAUUUAGUAAUUGGACUAACAGUGAGAAGAACUGCAUUGGGAUGGGAGCUCAUCUGCUGGUGAUCAACACCAAGGAGGAGCAGCUAUUAAUAAUCCAGAAGCUGAAUAGACAUUCUGCUUACUAUGUGGGGCUGUCAGACCCAGAAGGGAUGCGCCAGUGGCAAUGGGUAGAUCAGUCACCAUACAACGAAAGUGUCGUAUUCUGGCAUUCUGGUGAACCCAGUAAUCAUAAUGAGCGUUGUGUUAUCAUAAAUCUUGUUAAUGGAAACUGGGGCUGGAAUGACAUCCCUUGUGCUGGAAGGCAAAACUGGAUUUGUGAGAUGAUGAAGAUCUUCUUAUGAAUGGAACAUUCUCCAUGGACAUGUAGUUGGACUGGCAACCACCAUGAAAGGAAUAGCUGCUGUAUUUCUCACAAAUAGCGCGCUCAAGUACACAUAAUGCGCAGAAAUGAUGAAAUUGUGUAAAAAGUUCUGCCAUAACAUGCUAGUGCAUAUACCGCGCAUGUCUCCCGCGUGACAUUUUCAGAAGGGAAUUUUGGCCUCAUUCACCUUCAUUCAAUAAUCUGAAAAUGUUACUUUUGAUCAUAUUUGUAUAAUAAAGGUAUAAGCCAUGGUCAAGAAGUCAUGGAUCGAAUUUGGUAGAUCCUCAGUAAUUGGAAAGUAAGCAAUUGAAACUGUGCCCUUGCUCUGGGGCAGUUCCCGGCUGAGCUUG